AUGACAUUCAAUCUCAUAACCGGCAACAGUUCCUUCAUUAAUGAUCUAUUCGCCUACGAUGCCAAUUUAAUUGUGCCAGUUACAGCCAGUCUGGUAAGUCAUAGUACCAAUGGCGCUGAUUCCCAAUUGCCAGCCUUUGCUGCACCAUCAAAUGUUUGUGUGAAUACCAACUACGAUGAUGGUAGCAAUUGGCAAGCAAGCGAUCUGCUCGAACUCGAUCAUCGUUAUAAUUCGGGUUUGCAAACCGAAAUCGCACAUUUACAUCCGACACUCCCGCUAAAGGCGACAGAGAUAACCACACUCAAUGCCGCACAACAAAGUCAAGAGGUCACGCAUCAACAGCCGCACCAGCAGCAACAGCAACAACAGCAGCAAGCACAAUCAUCCUCUCCAACACAGUUUUUAGUUCCCGAGAAGCAAGUGUCAAGAUCACCAGUACAUAGUGCAAACCUUAACAGGUAUCGUCAACAACAAACACUGCAACAGUCUAUCAAUCAGGCGCUUCCACAAAUUCCACAGUCUAUGCCACAAACCUCAACGGCUGCCGAUACGGAGGCGGACUUUGAGGAUAAGAACCUUUCUUGGUUGUUAAAUUUUAAAUUUGAUGAAUUUCCUCAUCUUUCGCCGGACUUGGGUGCAAAUAGCAAUAACAACUUGAAUACGAAUGUAUUAAUUGCCGGCGUACAACAAGGCAAUAGUAUUUCCUCUCCUAGUUCAUCUCACAAAUCGAACUCUUGCUCGCCACAAUCAUCGUUUUCGGCAGCGACACCACUUUCGAGCAUUCAGCAGCCGUUUAGUGACUACACGCGUUCUCCGAAAAGUUCAACAAAGGCUGGUAAAAAGUUUGAGGAACUUGUUAUGGAGGUGACCGCAGAGGUGGAUGGUGCCGAUAUGGUAGUCGCUGAAAAUGUGGUCGUCGAGAACUCGCCGCAAAGAGCGCCAAAGAAACCACCAUUUACGUAUACAGAACUCAUCGAAUACGCCCUCGAAGAUAAGGGUGAACUAACGGUUUCUGGAAUAUAUCAAUGGAUAUCUGAUCGGUUUCCAUACUACAAAUCGAACGAUGAUCGUUGGAAGAAUUCAGUGCGACAUAACCUCUCCAUCAAUCCGCAUUUCCGCAAAGGUCACAAAGCGCCACAAGGAGCUGGCCACCUGUGGACAAUAUCCAGUGGAGACUCAGCAGAAAAUGUGCUAGCAUGGGAACAUAAGAAGCAGCGACUGGACUUAUUCUUCAAAAUGGAGUCCAUGAAUCGUGAACGCCUACAGCAGCAUCAACAACAAAUGCAGCAGCGGCAAAGUUGCACCUCACCACAUCCGGAUUGCCAACAAAUGCAGCAGCAGCAGCAACAGCAACAGCAACAACAACAAGGACCCCAGCAACAAUGCGUCUAUGAUGAAGCGGCAACAGCAGCCGCCACAAUUACACGAGAAAUGCUCAACAGCAGCAGCAGCGAAGAGACCUGCGGGCAGAGAUGCAACACAACUACGGACAACAAUCACAGACUAGAGAGCACAUCGUUGGUCCAUGAAUUGCCAUUCAACGAUCUGAUGAGCGACGAAGAGCUCCGCAAAACGGCUGGACAAAUUCUGAAUGGCAUACAUCGCGAGGUAGAGGUGCAAUCGGUGAACUCAAUUAUUAGUACCUAUCACGAUGUGCUGUUGGAUAAUGAUUACCUAAAUCCCAUCCACAAGGAUGUCGCUGUGCAUGAGAGUGGUCUACGUAGCACGAAUGCAACACAUCUUCCAGCCGCUACAUAUACAAAUUCCCAUAAUUCGAGCUCCCAGUAUUAUGUCACCGAAAUCGAUCCACUCGAACUGGGCAUACAAAUGUCACAUCAAGUGGGUGCGGAGGAGGUGCUCUUCAGCGAUGAAUUCAAUUUGAAUUACUUUGGUUACAAUGGCGCCAAUGAUAUUGUUGCCUGACCGCCAGCAUCGUCAAGAAUGACAAAUGGCAUAGCGUCUGUAAUCAGUGUAACCGCAGUUGCAGGACGUUUGAGUUCGAUUACGUCGUUGGAAAGUGGGUCAUUG